CACCAGUCGCUCACUCACUCGCGUCGCCGGGCGGACUGCGCACACUGAGCGACAUUCGUCGCACGAUGGCGCAACAUGUUGGCCGAACGCUCAAACCGGCUAUCCUAAUUCUUAUUAUUUUCACAUAUUUCCACAUCACCACGGGCAUAUCCAUUUCUCUAAAAAAUCUGGAUUUUCUACCUAAAAUCACUUCGAUAACUGAAAUUAAAAGUGAUAAAUUAACAAACUCCAGUGACACUACCACCACAUCAUCAGUAGCAAGUGAUAACAGACUAGUACUAGUUACUGGUCAACACCUCGGGAAUCUCAAUAACUUUCAUUGGUCGAAUACCGAAAAUACCUGCAACAAUGACAGCAAUCCUUUGACCCGAGUGGACUUAACAAUUUCACCGGAAGGGCAUGAAAUUGCAACAUACAAAUUAUCAUCCAUUGAAAAGUUUGAGGUUACAAGUGUCUAUUUCUGUGUUGGAAGUGUCGACGAGUCCUAUACGACGUCAUGGACUAAUCUUGGCAGCGAAUUUUCCCUCAACAAAAUAAAAGGCAGUAGUCGUUUACAACGAGACGUUCCAAGCCCUCAGGUAGCUUCGCUAUCGUUUAACAAUGAUGUCAAUAUCAAUGGUCUGCGAGUGGAGCAUGCUGUCAAAGAGCCUUUCAUUGCCCAGGAUGGAAUGCCCGAAAUUUUGGCCGGGGGAGAAGCAACUCUACGACUAUUUGGUAGUGGUCUCAAGAAUAAUACGAAAAUCGUGUUUACAGAUGAGAAGCCCCAGGAAGACAAGUCCUGCACUCGGAUAAAAUCGGAUGAAUUUCAAGUUCAAAAUGCGGAUGAAUUUACAGCGACUGUCGACGUAAUACUGCCCAUGGGUUCACCCUUCUAUAUUUGUGUGAAGCAAGUGAAAAACCCCAAUGGAGGACAAACGGAGAAACGGGUAUACUACAAGCAUCAGGGAAUGGAGAGUCAUAAAGCAAUUCGUACAUAUGAAAAAAUGCUAGCCCUCUGGCUUCAAAUCACUAUUAUUCUCACAUGUCUAGCAUUCUCAGCACUAUUCUCGGGACUGAAUUUGGGACUAAUGGCCAUGGACAGGACUGAAUUAAAAAUUUUAUGUAAUACUGGAACUGAAAAGGAACGUAAAUAUGCACGAACAAUUCAACCAGUUAGAAAUCAUGGAAACUAUUUGCUGUGCUCUAUCCUCUUCUCAAAUGUUCUAGUAAAUUCAAUAUUCACAAUCUUAUUGGAUGAUCUAACAUCUGGAGAAGUUGCUAUCGUAUGCUCGACCUUGGCGAUCGUAAUUUUCGGUGAAAUCUCCCCUCAAGCAUUUUGCAGUAGACACGGACUCUGCGUGGGUGCCAAAACAAUUUACAUAACAAAACUAAUGAUGGUUAUAACGUUUCCCCUGAGUUAUCCCAUAAGUAAGUUCCUGGAUUUCAUGCUUGGUGAAGAAAUUGGAAACGUUUAUAACCGUGAGCGUCUCAAGGAGCUGGUUAAGGUGACGACUGGGUACAACGAUCUUGAGAAAGACGAGGUGAAUAUAAUAGCUGGCGCUCUAGAACUCCGCAAGAAGACAGUUUCCGACGUGAUGACUAAAAUUGAGGAUGUUUAUAUGCUGGAUUAUAACGCAAUUCUAGAUUUCGAAACCGUCUCUGAAAUAAUGAAAUCAGGAUUCUCAAGAAUUCCUGUUUACGAAGGAGAGAGGAACAACAUCGUGACGAUGCUCUACAUUAAGGAUUUAGCGUUUGUCGAUCCUGAUGACAAUACUCCAUUGAAAACAUUGUGCCAAUACUAUCAGAAUCCAUGUAACUUUGUCUUUGAAGAUGUCACGCUUGAUGUAAUGUUUAAGCAGUUCAAAGAAGGCCACAAAGGCCAUAUGGCAUUCGUACAGAGAGUCAAUAACGAAGGUGAAGGUGAUCCAUUUUACGAAGUAACUGGCCUGGUAACCCUAGAGGAUGUAAUAGAAGAGUUGAUCCAAGCUGAAAUAAUGGACGAGACAGACGUAUUCACUGAUAAUCGGAGUAAACGAAAGAGAUUGAACAAUCGUCCGAUGAUGCCGGACUUUACGGUAUUCGCUGAGAAAAAGGAAAACCAAAGAAUUCACAUUUCUCCACAAUUGACAUUGGCAACGUUUCAAUAUUUAUCAACGACUGUGGAUUCAUUCAAACCCGACACGAUAUCGGAAACAAUUCUCCGUCGAUUACUCAAGCAAGAUAUCAUUUAUCACAUCAAAGUUAAGUCUCGUGAGAAGGCACGCAAUGAUCCAGGGGCUAUAAUAUAUCAGCAGGGCAAAGCUGUUGAUUACUUUGUCCUGAUUCUUGAGGGGCGUGUGGAGGUGACUGUUGGAAAGGAAAAUCUUAUUUUUGAAAGUGGCCCAUUUACUUAUUUCGGUUGUCAAGCCCUGAGUCCUAAUUUUUCAGGUGCCUCGAAUGUUUCAGUAACCGAGUCCCCAACAACAACAAAUCCUCAAAGUCUGGGAAGUAUCCAAUCAAUAAAUUUGGAUGCCAUAUUGCGUCACACAUUCGUACCAGACUACACAGUGCGCGCAAUAACCGAAGUUUUCUACGUUAAAGUUAAGAGAUCACUGUAUUUGGCAGCUAAAAGAGCUACGUUAUUGGAGAGAAGCCAGAAAGAUCCAUCACCGAGUCAGGAUCAGUUUGAUGAUGAAGUUGAGAAGCUACUUCAUUCAUUGGAUGAGGAUGAUCACAGUAUGCCAACAACGCCCAGUAACGAACGUCGACAUCAUCACAAAGUCAAUGAUACCCGUCAACAGCAGUCACCAGUACGCAGUGCAACUGCACCAACGUCACCUUUACCAGUUAGUGCCAGUCCAAUGACUAAUUCAAAGUUUGUACCGAGGAAUGGGCCUAAUGGACAAUUGAAGAAUUCACCUGUCAAGAUCGAAGAAAUUCCAAUGAAUCCCCCCGAAGGUCAAAAAUUAAACCUUGACGCGGAAAUAGCAUCACGUCAGGCUGAAGCAGCGCGUUUAUCCACGAAAAAAUCAUCAGUUGAUGAAGAAGAGCGCCAGAAUCUUCUUUCAAAGCACAUUGACUCUUAACGCUUGCAAAACGGCCGUGCGAGUAACAUCGAUACGGCUAAUGAAUUAACAACGAAUAGUUGCUGCAGCCCAAGUUCAAACUGUACCAAUCAAACAACGUGACAUUUUAUAAUUAUUGCUGUAGCCUUAAGAAUGGAUCAGAUACUUAAUUAGUAUAGCAGAUACGCGGUUUCAUUUGUAUGCUAAUUGAAACAGUGCUAAAUUUCUUUGCUACAUUUUACCAAUCGAAUUGAAUUUUUACUUUAAAUCUUCUGCUCAGGAAACUGAUGCCAAAACCUUAUAUAUUUGCUUUUCCACUCAAUUACUCGAGUCAGGUCAAUUAUGUUUUCCCGGGAGAAAAAAAAAUUUUAAAACCCGUCGCAGAUUAGUUUACAGAGACAACACGAUGAUGUUUCUUUGUCACUUGUACAUACCAUUCCAAUUUUUAUCAUUUACCAUGAAAAGUAUUUUGAAUGAAAAUUAAUUCACCACCUUAUAAUGUUUAUGAUACAUGUGACACAAAUACUCAGCCAAUCAAAGAUUUAAUUACUUAGUUUAAAAUAAGCACGUCUAAAGAAUUCUCAAGGGGAUUAGAGUCAAAUUUCAUGAUGAAAAAUGUUAAGUGCGAUUGCCUAAUAUUAAUAAUCUUUUAUAUAAUGUUCGUUAGUCCUCUUUAAUCAUGUUUAUUCGUUAAAUGUUUACCUCUUUCGUAUAGAUUCCGAGUGCCUGCUUACUUCUCAAAUUAUGUUUUCAGGGGAGGGGGGGGGGAGAUAAUUAUGAGAUACCUUGGGUAGCAAAUGCCAUCGAAUUAAACCUAGCUUGACGGUUGUAUCCGGCAUAUUUGGAUGCCUCCAAGUAGCACAUUAUUUUUUAUACCAGAAAGAAAGGGAAAUUGUGAGUAUUUCAUUGAGCAAACAAUCCACUAGCAUUGAACAAGCUGUUAGACCUUUUUAAUGAUUCAAUUGCAUGAAUUUUUAUUGUAUAUGAAAAUUGAGUGAAGAAUAUCAGAGACGAAUUUGUUUCCUUUUCAUGAGUUAAAAAAAAAAACUUUGAUUGUUCCUCAGAAAAACGAAUAGAAAAUAUUUAUGUAAUAUUUUCCCUCAAAUAUUCAUAUUUUAUAGGAUACAAACGCCAUUAUUCGUAUUUUCACAUGAAUCCAAUUGUAUCAUGAGUUGAAAAUUAUUAUUUCUCAUUGAUAAUUUAGUUAUUUAUUUAGUAAUGUCGCAGACAAUAAGAAGAUAAUUAUCAGUGAUGAAGAAUUCUUGGAAAUGAUAGUAGCUACUAGUCCUGUUUGUUCGAGUUUAAUGAAAAAAAAAGCACUUUUAAUGACUGCGCGCAAAAGUCACUAGAUGAUCCAUGACUUGUAAAAAAAAUUUGAGGAAUUUAUUGUCAGAAGGUGCCUGUCUGCAUGGUGAGUAUUGGUGCUUUGAUGGAAUUAAUAAAUUUUGUUGUAAACGCGUAGUAUUCUCGAUUAACUGCAGUUGUAGCUACAAGUUUUCAAGUUUCAUUUCAAAUAAGGAAAAUUCCACAGGAACCAAUGUUCCCUGACACGUUCAAUCAAACAAAUACGUAUCAUUUAUUGAGAAUAUAUUAGGGGUUUGUGAACAUGUUAAACUUAAUAGUUAUCUAUGAAUAGAAGAUAAAAGCAAAUAUAUGAAUUUAUAUUGAUGAAGAAUGGUGAUGUUGAGUUAUGUGUUCCAUACAGAAGAAUAAUUAAAGAAGAACGACACUUGUAAACGUAAAUAGUUUUGAUUGUAAUGAACAAACUCUAAGUCAAAUUUGCAUUUCAUUUAUUAUUGAGAGGUAUUUGAGUAUAAAAAUAUAAUUAUUCUAUUGUACUUAUUGAGAUUCAGGAAAGAGAUCGAUUUGAUUUUAUUAAAGCAUAUCUCAAAAACA